CCAUGAUCUAGGCCAUUCACCAGCAUUUCAUAGCUGAAGAGCAGACAUAAAUAUCGCGAAGAGUCCUCCCAAAUCACACCUUCAUCAUCCAACAGCAUCUCCCAUUGCAAUCAUUUCAUCUCAUCUCAUCUCAUCUCAUUUCAUCUACCGAAGACUCCAUUCCCAAAAAUCAAAAUGAAGACCUCCGUCAUCCUCGCUAUCCUGGGCGCCGCCUCCUGCGCCGUCGCCAUCCGCUGCUCCCAGGGCAUGACCUACUGCGGUACCUCCCUGGUCAAGAAGGGCAACUACGCCCAAGACAUUCAAACCGCCCUCCAGCGCGAGGGAAUCGCCCCAACCUCCCAUCAGUUGCUGGAUUCGCUGUACCUGUGCACCGCCGACGAGGACUAUCUGAUCUACCGGACUACGUGCCGUCGCGACGCGUGCCAGGACAACGGGGUCAGUCGGGAUGAUACCUGUAUUGGGACUGUUGAGCAGCCGCAGGAGCAGGAGGAUCUGGAUCUGGAUCAGAACCAGGAUGUUGGUAUGGGCCAGAACCAGGGGGGUCAGAACGCGGGGCCGUAUAAUACUGUCACCUUUUAG